CACUUUCCCUCCCUCCCUCCCUCUCGAAAAGCUACAUGUUCAUCUACAACGUUUAGAAUUGUGCAAACCCAUUCUGCUCCACUAAAGUCUCGCUUCUUAGAAUUCUCUUUGCAAAGCUUCCAUCGACAUAAGGUUUUCGGAUCCUGCCGACUUGGUCAAACAAACCAUGGAAUCCAAUUGUAUUUCUCUGAUGCUGCUGCUAACAGUGCUGGGUGCAUUGGUAUCAGGUUUAGAAACGGCCUCUGGAAUUCCUGGGAUACCUGGGAGUCAUGGAGUACCAGGAAUGUCUGGCAAAGAUGGCCGAGAUGGCCCGAAAGGAGCAAAAGGAGAUCCAGGGCCCUCUGUUUCGGCUGGUGGUCUGGAGGAAAGCGGUGACAAGGGCGAUCCAGGAAUCAAGGGGCCGAUUGGGAAAAGGGGACGCAGAGGACCAUCAGGCAACAAAGGAGACCCAGGCAUCAUGGGUGUAAUAGGGGAGAAGGGAAAAUCAGGAGACUACAAGAGCACUUUGAAAUCUGCGUUUUCUGCAAAAAGGAAAGUGUAUACAUACCCACCACGAGACAGCCCCAUCAAAUUUACUGAUAUCCUGUCUAAUGACCAGAACCACUACGACAGUAGCACAGGAAAGUUCACCUGCCACAUAUCAGGCUACUAUUACUUUGUGUACCACGCGACCUCAAAUAACAACCUGUGCGUUAACAUGAAUAAGAACGGAGAGACGAUAACUAGCUUCUGUAGUCAUGGGGAUUUCGUUCAGGUCAGUUCAGGAGGCCUUGUGCUUCAUUUGCAGGUCAGUGACAAGGUUUGGCUUGAAGCAACUGUGUACAACGCCUUAAUGGGACAAAGAAAUCAUGACAGUGUCUUUAGUGGGUUUCUUCUCUUUCCGGAUUAAGAAUGAUUGAAAUAUUGAGGAAAAAUCUCUGACGAAACACUUUGUUGGAAAUUAUACACCAUUUGCCGAUUAAAGCCUAAAUAAUAUACUCUCUCUUCUCUAGUUCAUGCCUUCUCAGUCAAAGUCAAGGUCUGAAGAAGGUUGCUAACCCGAAACAUCACCCAUCCUUUAUUUGCAGAGAUGCUGCCUAACCCGCUGAGUUACUAUAGCUCUUUGUAUCUACUGUAUCUAUGAGUUGUCACCUCUUUGUGAACAGGCCACAAUGAAUGGCAUUAGGGGGAUGGAUAUUGUGCCAUGGAGCAAAGAACAGUCCUUGAAAAAUGGACAGACUUACACCAACACAAUAGGUCACUGUAAGAUGCAGCAAUGUGGAAGUCUUGGGGCACUGUUGCUUGAGAAGCUGAACUUUGUGUUAUGUUAAGUCCUCACCACAGGCCAUAGUUACUGCAUUGAUGUUAAACUAACUUCACUGAGACGGCUGCUGAGCCUACACCAGGGUGUAAACAGCUCAGGUUUCCUUCCCUGCACUCACUGAAUUGUCCCCAUUUAAGAUCUCGCAGGCCUGAUAUAACCUGGAGAUAACACCAGCACCCAGCCCAAAGCACCAAACACAACCACCACCCCAAUCAGUCCCUGCCCAACACCAGCCCCAGCGCCAACCCUAGACCCAUCCCCAUGCCCAUCCCUAGCCACAUCCCCAGUCCUUACUCCAUCCCAGCUCUAACCCUCACUCCAGCCCAACCCCAAAAACAACCACAACCACAACCGCAUUCAGCCCCAGCUCCAACACCAGUGCCAACCACAGUCCAUAGCCCCAUCCCCAUCCACAUCCUUAGCCCAACCUUAAUUCCUUCCCAAGCUCCAGCCCCACCCUCAGAGCUACCCCAGCCCAACCUCAGCCCCAAACCCAAUGUGAAGUUUGGAUAUUAUGCAUCCUAAUGUGUUCAAUGUGACAUACCGCUGUCUUUUUCAUCGCAGUUGCCACCUAUUUGGCUGUUAAUUGCUUGGCCUGGAAGCAAAUUACAUCCCUCAAACAUAUUGGCAAUCUCUCAAUUUACAAAAUCUUUGUUGUGCUUCAGUGCAAAACCUGACAAUUAUAUUUUUGAAAGAUCAUAUCAUACACACAAUAUAAUAAGUAUGCUGGAAGAAUGUACUACUUGCAGUAUAAAUACAUUGUAAUAUUUUGUUAACUUCGUAAAUACCUGAUUAUUUCAAGAUGAAUUUCAAAGGAUCAACAUAUAUCUGAAAGUCUAGUUCACAGGAAUAGUUGUUGUCAUUCCUCACUAUGGAAACCCUCACUCUAUUAAUGUUGUGGGGAUUGAGUAGAAGAUAAGUAUUUUUUGUCAUUUAUUGUUUUUUUUCAUUGCUUUCUUCCAAAAACCUAUUUCCACAUAUGAAAUGUACAUAAAGAUAUUACUGAACUAUUAGAGAAAAUAUCAAUAAAAAUUUCUUAGAUUGAGAA